AUGAAGAAUCUUCAUAUCCUAAUUCUACUCUUUUUGCCUACCUUAUUUCUCUUCUCAUGCUCUUUAUCUCUUGUGUUAUCUUUUUCCCCUUCUCAUACUCAUCUCCAAAAACAAUGCCUUGAUGACCAGAGAUCUGCUCUGCUACAAUUGCACCAUGAUCUUUAUUAUGCCCCCAAUUUUACUUUCUCUUCCAAAGCUGAGCUUUGGGAUCUCAACACUGAUUGUUGCUUUUGGAAAGGAAUUACAUGUGAUGUUAUUGGUCAUGUGAUUGGGAUUGAUCUCAGUUAUAGAGACCUUUCUGGCAGCUUUUACUCCAUUUUCAAGCUCCAUCAUCUUCAACUCCUUAAUCUUGCUGGAAACAAUUUUAAUACCGCUUUGUUUCAAUAUGAGUUUGAUAGACUCCCAAAUCUAACUCAUCUCAACCUUUCAAACUCAUGUUUCAAUGGUCAAAUUCCAAUGGAGAUUUCAUACUUAACAAGGUUAGUCUCUCUUGAUCUAUCUAAUCAAGAUUCUUGCUAUCUAAGAUACCCACUGCCUUCUGGAUUUAAACAACCUCUUAAACUAGAAAACCCAAAUUUCAAGACAUUCAUCCAAAAUUUGAAGCUACUUACAGAGCUAUACUUGGAUAGUGUGAACAUUUCAACUCAAAGUACCGAAUGGUGUCCAGCCACAUCCAUAGUUCUUGGUAACCUGCAUGUGUUAAGUUUGUCAAAUUGUGGUUUGACAGGUCCAUUUUGUUCUUCACUCUUAAGACUUCCUUUUCUUUCCAAACUUUUCCUCGGUGGGAAUUCAAUCUCUUAUUUACCUCCCAAUUUCUUGGAAAUUUCCUCUCCUUUGGUUUCUCUCAGUUUAGUGAAUUGCAAUUUGAGCGGGGAUUUUCCAACAGAAGUUCUUUCGUUGCCAAAAAUACAAAGCAUUGACAUUUCAGAAAAUUACGCUCUCGGAGGUCAGUUGCCAGAAUUUUCAUUAAACAAUGCUUUACGGAUCUUAAAAAUUUCUUCUACAAAUUUCAGUGGAAAACUGCCAGAAACAAUUGGUAAUCUUAAGCUCUUGACAAAUUUAGAUCUCAGUUGGUGCAAUUUCUUUGGACAAAUUCCAUCAUCAAUUGCAAAUCUUACUAACCUUGUGGAACUGGAUAUAUCCUAUAACAAUUUCAAUGGUUUUAUCCCUGCAUUUCAUAGAUCUGGAGUUCCAAAUCUUGCAUAUCUUCAUUUGCAGGGGAACCACCUCUCUGGCUCAAUUCCUUCUUCUUUAUUUACUCUCCCAUCAUUGCAUACCCUGUUUCUUGGGGAAAAUCAAUUGAUUGGUGAAAUUGGUGAGUUCCCCAAUGCAUCUUCCUCCUUGAUUGAAGCAUUGUCUUUAGGAUACAAUAGCUUUAGUUCCAAGAAGCUUGACAUGUUUUUCCAACUCAAGAACUUAAGGCACCUUGACCUUUCCAACAUGAGCUUAUCAAUUGAAAAGAACAUCACAAUCCUUACUUUUCCCCAAUUAGAGGAGCUAGGCCUAAGUUCAUGCAACCUUACUGAAUUUCCAGAAUUCAUCAAAACACAAGACAAGUUGGCUUCUUUAUAUCUUUCUGACCACCAAAUCCAUGGUUUUAUACCUAAUUGGUUGUGGAAGACCACUCUUUCAACCUUAUUCCUCUCUUUCAAUGCAAUUGAUUUUCCAAAAGAGAUUCCUUUUGGUGAUGCAAACUUCUCUUUUCCAAUGUUGAGAUACUUAGGUUUACAAUUCUGUAACCUAAGUAUGUUUCCAGAGUUUUUAAAGAGUCAAAAUAGUUUAGAAUAUCUUGACCUUUCAAAUAACAAAAUAAGUGGUGCAGUGCCAAAUUGGGUGUGGAAGAAAAGUUUGUGGUAUCUGGAUCUUUCUAAUAAUUCUCUCUCAUCUUUGGACCAAUUUUCACUAAACCAAUCUCUAACUUCUUCGCAAGGCUCUUUAUCAAGAUCUAUUUGUAAUUUGAGUCAACUUGAAAGGUUAAAUGCAUCUUAUAACAAAUUAAGCGGGCUUAUCCCAAGUUGUUUUGGCAAUAUCAGAACUCUCGGCUAUUUGGAUCUACAAAAAAAUAAUUUUACCGGCAGCAUACCAGAUUUUGCAAAAGGCACCCAAUUAUUUUUGCUUCAACUCAAUGACAAUAAAUUGGAAGGAAAGUUGCCAAGGUCAUUAGUCAAUUGCACAUGGCUCGAAGUUUUAAACCUUGGAAACAAUACUUUGUAUGACACAUUCCCAUCGUGGUUGGGAAAAUUGCCUCGGUUGGUGGUUCUUAUAUUGAGAGCAAAUAGGUUUUAUGGUCUAAUUAAACAUGUGAAAAAUUAUUUUCAAGACUUGGAUGUGCUAGACGUUGCUUUCAAUAAUUUUUCUGGUCAAUUACCAAUUGAAUUCUUUCAAGCCACUGAACUAAGGUCACUCAUAAUCAGUGGGAAUAAAUUGGAAGGGAAGUUGCCGAGUUCAUUAGCCAAUUGCAGAAAUCUUGAAGUUUUGGACCUUUGA